AUGCCCACAAAACGCAGCAUCGCGUAAGAUCUUUCUCACACCACACGGCUUUAUCCACAUUGAUCAGGCUUACAGAUGCUCAACAUGCCAUAAGCGAAAGAUUAAGUGUUCAUUCACCGGCCCCCCUUGCUCAGCGUGUGCCGAAUCAUCUUCAGAAUGUCGCUUUCCAACAAAGGACAAGAAUAUCAAGGUUCGAAAACGCUAUCAUGAGCAUCUGAUAGAAGAGAACAAGCGUCUCUCGGCCCUUGUGUCAACCAUCAACACACCUGCUCAAUCACCUGCCGAGGGAACCACCAACGAUGACAACCCUCAACCACGAGCGGACAAUGCUGAUCGAAACCCUAUGGUCGAAGAACGGCCGUGGUUCAUGGCACACAAGGCCUCCGAUCUGCCGAUCCACAUCGGAGAAGCCGCGGAUGCGGCUUUUGCAACUCGCCUUCGACAGGCUGCUUCGGGAAGGUCGGUCAAUCACAUGCCACGAGUUCAAUACCUGGGUGACGAUGCUAUGCGGUCGCUGGCCGACUCAUCCUCUCUGGAGCUACCAAGUGCCUCGCGACUACGUUACUUGAUCGACGUCGCCAUGAAUACCGUUUGUAAGACCUGGCACAUUGUCCGCCGUAGCGUCGUCAACGACAGCGUAGACAAAGUCUUGAGCGACCCCAGCUCUUGUGACUGGCUCAGUGCGUGUAGGAUAUGGGCUUUGCUGGCGCUGGGAGAGGCUUAUUCGUCUCGUUGCACGCUACCGGAUACGCCCUUUCCGGGCUCCAAAUACUUUGCAAGAGCAAUGGCAAUGGUUGCGAUACCAAGCGAACGGCCGCGUUUGGCAACCAUUGAGAUCUAUCUGUUACUUGUGAGUACGUGGAGGUCAUUCGGUAGGUAAGAGACUAAUACAAAUCGAGUCCAUCUACUCCUCUGUGGUGAAUCGCAGACACACCGCAACUUUUAUGGCCAGCUACGCUCUUCGAAUCGCUGUUAUCAUCGGUCUACACAUUGAGAUUAGCGAAUCGCAACUCAAAGAUCGCAUGUUACGAGAGCAUAGAUGCCGCCUAUGGUGGACCGUUUAUUGCUUCGACAGGAUGUGGGCUAGCAAAAUUGGAUGGCCCCCGUCCAUUCAAGAUAAAAGCAUAGAGAUCGACCUACCUUCUGAUCAGGGCCUACCACCAGACGCUAGAGCUGACCUACACGAUGCAGAGCACAUGAUCUUCGUUGUUCGUUUAGCUAGGCUGACCAACAGCACGGUGAGCUCACUCUACGUAAGGAAGAGACAACAGACUUCAUUCUCAGAGAGGGUACAAGUGGCUGUCCGUUCUUUGACGGACUGGGCUGCUGAUCUUCCUCCUCGACUGCAGUUGGACAUGACAGAAGGAGCCCCCAAUCCGCGCCACGUUACCUACAUGCAUCUUUCAUUCAACCAGGUAAGCAUCAGUACCCAGAUAGUACCGCGCAUCAGCUAAAUUGUGCAGAGCGUCAUCGUCACGACCAGACCAAUAUUACUCCAUAUCCUCAGACAGCGCCGCUUAGGGCACUCCAAUAACAGCUUUCCAGAAUCGGCAGCAUCUCUUACGACAGCUUGUAUCCGCUGCGCUCGACAGUCACUGGAAUUGCUAAAACGUGCCUGGACAGACGGAACCGUCGCAACAUUCGACUACUUCAAUACGCAAUACAUCUUCUCGGCCGCCACCAUUCUGGCAUUAUCCGUCUUCCUCCGUGGCAACGACUGGUCCAAAGACUACGAAGAUUUCCAAAUGGCGGUUCAAUUCCUGCAGCAGCUCGAUCGGAGUGGCAACUUUGCAGCGAAAGAAUAUUCUAUGCAUAUCGACGCCAUCAGGACAACUCUUGAGGAGCAUAUGAGUGGUGACACGCUCUCUGGAAGUGGACCAGAUCAGCAAAUCCCCGGUAUGCCAAGCAUUCCCCAAGCAAUGCCGAUCGACCCUGUCUCUCCUGGUCCACCUCUGCAGGACUUUCUCAAUCUUCCUGCCAUUGAUCUUGACUUCAUGGAGACUGGCGGCACAUGGCUCGAUUGGCAAGAUCUUUCCUGGCCGCUUGAAAUGCAACAAUCUUCGGGAUAUAGUUGA